GAUGUAUCUAACUUUACAAAUAUGUAUAUGUUGCAUUAACAUGGACGCUAAUUAUGCCCGAUGAGAGACUUUGGACAAAAGGGAAGGCUCCCGACAGCGUGAACGGCUGAAACAUUAUCUAUAAUGACAGUCACACGUAUACAUAAUCGAUGGGGGACCUGUAGCGAGACAGCUAGCUGGGGUCAACCUGCGCAUUGACUCGACGGGUGCAAGGCAACAUGAGUGCGCCGAGCGCGUCGCCAGCGGGCGAGCUCGUUGUUGCGACGGACAUCCGCGAAACGCUCUUCCGGCGAGCUCUGACGCUCUUGGAUGAUGUGCACACGGGUUUGGAAGAGUUCGGGGCACUUGGCGCAGGGACCGGCAGCCCCGGCAACCAGCAACUGGCGCUUGUUCCUGCAGUGGCUGGCGUCGACGGGGAGGGCGCGGCAGGCGCAAUCGUGCCGCACACCGGCGGCGGUGUGCUAGAGCAGCUGCUCACCAGCGUAGUCCAGGGCCGUACAAACACGGCACGACGGGCUGUUGACGCGGUGGCGCAAAUCCACUCGGAAAUUGACAAUAUUCUCUCCACGUUCGAGCGGGAAUUUCCAGCGCAAGCGGAGGGCAAUGCUGAAAACCGGGGUUGGGUAGGACAUGCCUGGGAUGAUCCGGGCCCAGGCCAGCCCUCAGAAGAAGUGCUGCAGAUGGCCGCUGCCACGACUGCGGCCGCUGCACGCUUCAGGGUGCGCGCGGCAGAGGCUGCGCAGAAGGCACUGCAGCUCUACGACGCAGCUGCAAAGCAGGCGGCCGCAGCGGCUCAGGCGACCACUCGGGCGCUGGAGCUGCAGGCCUCGGCGGAGCAGCACUCGGCGGAAGGCAACCUGCCGCAGGCGCUUGAGGAUAUUCGCGAGGCGAACCGGCUGCGGGAGGAGUCCGUGGAGGCUGCUCGCAAGAGCCGGCAGCUGCAGCAGGAGUACCUGCGGCAGCGCAAAGAGGCACAGGAAGCACACGCGCAGGCCGAUGCCGCCAUGCGCCACGCAUACAGCCUCGAACAUGACGCGCUUGCAGCGGGCCUUGCCACGGCCACACGCGACCGUGACCAGCUCCACGAGCGUUUCGACGGGCUGCUCCGGCAAGCUGAUGGCCUGCAGGGUCAGGCAGCACAGUGGGAUGCAGAGGCGGAGGCCGCGAUCGGCCGUGCGGAGCAGGCGCAGCAGGAGGCCGACGCCCAGAUAGCAGCUGGCAACUACGAGCUUGGGAAUGCACUGAUGCAGGAGGCUGUGCGGGCUCAAGAGCACGCUGGCUACGCACGCCAGCAGGCGUCAGUAGCCCGUGAUGCGGCUCAGCGGCUCCAGUCAGACGUGCGGACAGCACAAGAGCGGCUGGACUCUGCGGAGCAGGUCGUGGCGGACUUGCGCCAACGGCACGCCCAGCUGCAGGAGGCGAGCACAAAGCAGCGCCAGGAGAGGUUACAUGAGGAGGCCACUGGUCUGGCAGCGCUGUGCCAGAGCGCAGAGGGUGCCACUGCCUUGCAUGAGCAGCUGGUGGCUGUGUAUGAGGAGCGUUUGGCUCAGGACCAGCAACAGUACGACUUGUUCAUGAGCCAAGGCAAGACGGCCGAGGCUGAGGGCCUGGCGGUGCAUAUCGACACCUGGCAUGAGCUACUGAAUGUCGCGCGGCAAAACCGCGACACGAGUCGCACAGAAGCUGCCAGCAUGCGCACUCGGUUACAGGACCUCAGCACUCAGGCGCUCAUGGGUGAAAGCCCCGCGGCGCUAGCCAUCGAGUCUUCCACGCAGGGCUUCGAGGAACUGAGAGGGGCUUCCGACCGCGCUGAGCGGGCGAGGCACGCGGCGCGCGUGCUUGCCCGCGACCUGAACGCCGCCCCUGCACCAGACUUGCCUCUUGAGGAGGCCGACAGCGGUGCUGACGCCCUCAUGCUGCAAACUGAUCUGCAUCGCCACCGCACGGCAAAGCUUGCCAAGCAGCUCCAAGCAGAGCGGCACAGGCUGCCCGGUUCUGAUGCCACCGGUGAAAGCCAGCAACAAGCUGAGGCGCUCUUGGACAGCAUGGCAGUGUCUCACCUGGUGGGAGCUUUGGAGGCCUCGAGGCUGCUGCAGCUUUGGAAGCAGCGCUCCGAGCAGGCCAGCGCCGGCGCAGUAGACCUGCGCCGCGCGUGGCAGGACAUCGAGCAGGCAGCCAGCGCGCAGGAGGACGAGGCAGUGCGGCUGGAGGAGCAGGCACUGCGGCUGCACGAUGCUGGUCAGCCGGAAGAGGCUGCUGCUACUAUGGCUCAGGCAGAGGAGUUGCAUCGCACGGCGGAUCAGCUGCGUGUGGAAGCUGACCGUGCCAGGGCGGCGCUGCAUGCCCGCGAAAAGGCGGCCAGCGAUGCACAUGAGCAGCAACGCGUGCUGGUGCAGGGCCUGCAGACCGUCGAGCGGGCCGCGGAGCGGCUGCAGGCAGAGCUGCAGCAGCGCGGCUUCGACGUGGGCGCAGUGGUAGGGCAGGACGCUGCGGCACGCGAGCGGCAGCUGGCGACGCAAGAGGAGACGGCCACGGUGAUGAUGGCAUCGCCAGGCAUGCUAUCCCGGAACUCAAGCACAACAACGCUUGGUGCUGGCUACGGGUUGGGUCUGACAACCGGCAGUCCUGGUCCUCAGUCUACAGGAGCAGGCGCGCUAUCAGGUGGGGGCUCGGACCAGCCGUCAAGGGGCCCGCACGCGCCGUCGGACACAUCACCGAUGGAGGCGGCGCGUCCCCUCACGCAGCUCAGUCGUACCUCCUUUACGCGAGGCCAGCAUGCAGGCAGCGGCGGGGUUGGUCCCGAAGUGCCACUCCUAGUAGAGCUGGAGGCACACGCAGCUGUGGAAAUGCCAGACUUCCCGGCGUCCAGGUGGGACGGCUACUCAGCACUGACUGGUGCGCUGGAGGCGUCCGCUAUCGAUGCGGAUGUCCUAGUGGCGGUUGCGACUAGCACAAGCAACCUGCAGCUGGAUGCGCAGAGCUGUGCCGGCCUGGCAGGGCAGGAGCAGGAGCGCGACGCGCACCGGCUUGAGCGCUGGAAGAGCGUUGCGGCUGCGCUGCCGGCGGAGGCGCGGAACCCCAUGGUGGAGGGCGUGGUGGAGCGCACCUCGGCGCGCUGCAGCCAUGUGAUUGCCGCUGCUGGCCUCCUGGUGGAGGCUCUGGAGCUGCAGGGCGAGUGCCACGGCACGCUGAGUGGAACGCUCAACUCCUAUCGCCGCGCGCUGGCCAGGCUGCACAGCGCCCAGGAGGACGCCCAGGCCGCACGCGCCGAAGCCAUGGCGGUACAGGCGCAGGCACAGGACUCGCUGGGUAUGGAUUCGGCGCUCCUGGCGCAGGUCCAGCAGCUGGAGGCGGAGCUCAGCAACUUCGAGGCGGAGGGAGCUGCAGCGCAGGCACUGACCACCCGCUUUGACCUGCAGCGACUGCAGAACAAGCACAUGGAGGCGGCAUCGCAGGCGGGCCAGCUGCACGCCGCGUACGAAGCCGCGCGGCAGCGGGCGGAGCAAGCGCGGAAGAAGGAGGCCGAGGCCAGUGCAGUCGGCCAGACCCUUAACAGUGUCGCAAUGCUGCACGCAAAGGCGGCCACGGAGGCGGACGAGGGUGUGCGGUAUGCGCUUGAAGCAUACAGCAAUGCGGUGUCGGCACUAGUGGUGGGCGCCCAGGACAGCAUUGCGCAUCUGACCUCAGGUGGUCCUGUGGAGGAGGUGGAGGCGCAGCUGCGCUUUGAGCGACUGACGGGCAGCACCUCAAACUCCCGCCGAUGCAUGGCUGCCGCCCGGCAGCUGCACGAGGCUGCUGGUGCAGAAUCAGCUGCGGGGGCCGGGCGGAUCGUAGCCGCGGUGGAGCAGGCCUCCACCGAUCUCGGUGAGCUCGCAAGCCAGGCACCGUCAGCUGUCAGCGGAGCUCUCAUGCGGGAGGCGUUUGGGAGCGCGUUACCUGCUGGCCUGUCCGCUGACAGCUUCACACGACGCUCCCACCUCGUGGACUCGUCUUCGGCUCGCUCGCUAUCGCCCAGCCGUUCGGAAGCUGCGAACGCUGAGGUGGGGUCUUCGUCCCUGACCAGCCGUGCGGGCCCUGGCCAGGCUUGGCCUUCGGAUCCCGCGCUGCAGGUAUUGCGCUCUAUUGAAGCGGAGCUGGACAGUCUGCACCGCCGCCACCAGCAGGAGCUGGACCGCCUGUCCUCCGACGCAGACCCUGACGGCAGCGCUGCCGCGGAGGAGGCGGAGCGGCAUGCUGUGCGCCAGGAGCUGCAGGGGCAGAUCCGCGAGGCGGAGCGGGAGCUGGAAUCCGUGCGGCGCCAACACGAGUCGAUGCGGGACCCAACGCCCGCGGAGAUGCAGGCCAGCUACGACCUGCUCCAGUCGCAUGAGCAGCAGGUGGCCAUGCUGCAGCAAGCGCUAAGUGCCUGCGACGAGCUGUCCCGCGGCAAUCUGCGCCGCGCCCGCACCGCCGCCAGCGGCGCGGAGCUGCAAGUGCGGUACUGCGACGACGCGGCGGAGCUGCUGAAGCGGGCAGCGGACGCCAGCCGCAAUGCCAUUGCGGAGCUGGAGUCGGCGCUGCGGUCUGCCGGCGAUGAGGUCGAGGCGGGGCCGCUGCGGCAGCGCCUGCAGGACAUGCAGGGUAUGGCUGAGGACAUUACCCGGCGCCAAGGCGAUGUCGCAGCGGAGCUCAGGGCGGGGCAGGCACGCCGCGGCCAGCUGUCUGAGCAGCUUACGUCAGAGGAGCUAGCGACACGGCUUCGGGAGGAGUGGCUGCAGCAGGCGCGCAAGGCGGCUGCGGCAGCGGUUACUGCCACAGCGUGGGAGCGGCGGCUUGCAGCGGCCCGGCUCGAUAUGGAGCAGCUCGCGAUGCCAGUGGGACUCCAGCAGGACAAGAUCAAGGCCUCCAGUUCCCUGGCGCAGACGAUGAAGGCAGCGGCGGCGCAGCACCGCAAGCAGGCCGCUGACAUUGCCCGCCAGGCAGCAGGGCAAAGGGAGGAGGCCCGUCGCCUUGCUAACAGCGGCCAGGCGCUUGAGGCCGAGUCAGCAAAGUCCAUGGCGGACAGCCUACAGCAGCAGGCCGACGGACUCACCGCCCAGUCGGCGGCAAUGGAGGAGGACGCACGGAAGCUGAGUGCUGAGGCUGAGGACCUGGAACGGGCAACGGGGCGGACCCACAUCCUCGCCGCCGCCAAGUCAGAUGUGCUGCAACAUGUGGCUGCCGCACACCAGCUGGCCGUUACGGCGCUCCAGCUGCGGCGGUCUGCUGCAGGCAAGCUCAACGACGCCGCGGUGAAGCACACGCAGGCUGCCCACCAGCAAAUGCAACUCGCCGGAGUGGAUGACGAGCUUGCCUCGCUGGAGGCCCAGAUGUCUGGUGGUGGCCUGCGGCCGAGCGAGCUGGCCACGCACAUGAUCAACGUGGCGCGCACCAAGCAGCAGGCAUCGGCCCUCCGCUCAGCGCUGCGGGCCACGCAGCAGCAAGUGAACCAGGACAGAGACACGGCGAUGGCAACCGCGAGGGACGCUGCCAAGGUGGAGGAGCAGCUGGCCCAGAUUGAGCCCAAGAUCGUCAUCCUGGAGCAGCAGGCUGCAGCUGCAGUUGAGCGCCAGGACAGCUUGUUGAAUGGUCCCCGGCUGGCAGAGGACAGCCUUCAGCGCGAUCCCAGCUUUGGGCAACAGGACCCAGUUCCGCACGCAUCCCUCUCGCAUGCGAGCGCAGCGCUGGCGGGGCAGGCUGGUGACGGGUACAGCCGUGCCCCAGCGUACCAGCAACUUGCUGGCCGGCCGCUGCUCGCCUCGCCGCUUGCGUCGCAGCGUGAAAGCGGCAGCCUGCCGCUCCGCAACUCUCCAGGCAUUGGAUCGGAGGCCAGCUAUACUGCGCGGCUGGGGCUGGGCGCUGCCGGCAGCAGUAUGGACGAAGAGUCGGGCCCGUUUGGCGGCAGGUCCGGCACUGUGUUUGGUACGUCGGGAGCUGGCGGGUCCCAAAGAGUCCACCUGCAGCGCAGCACCAGUGCAAUCUCGCAGCGGGAGGGUGGGAGCAACCAGCAGGACAGCGACCCGCAACCUCGCUUCACCGUCAACAUCGGUGGGCUAUCUGGGCUGCCGAGCUCACAGUCGCAGCCAACGCCUCACGCCGGAGCUGGCGCGCUGAACGUUCCGCUCGCCCGCCUCAAACGUGGUGGCGGGUCGCACCUGGGGCCCAUGGCGGCAGGCGGCGCCAGUGGCGUGCAGCUAACGCCACAGGGCUCGCCUUCGCCCCUGUCGCGGUCCAACUCACGCAAAGCACUUAGCAGGGAGGUACUGUUUGAAACCACCGAGGACGCUCGCAGCCUGCCAUCUAACGCCUCCACGCAGCUCAACUCUCGUGGGUGGAUGCGGCUGCCUGAAAUGCCGUCCAUGCCGCAGCAGCAGAGGCAGCCGUACCUUGGCGGCGCACCCUCAGCAAACAUCGUGAAUCCACUAGGCUCGCCACAGGCCCGCGACCGCAGCGACGGGGAAGAGGAGGGCACUGCAGGCGCCCUGCUUGAAACGGUUGCGCGGAAGGCACUCAGGCCGCUGUCCAACGUCAAGGUCAGCGUGCCUCCCGGCGCAGCCGGGCCCGGGGCAAAGCCCGGCAGCCGUGGGCUAAGCGGGGUCGGCCACCGGAAAACAAGUGCCAGCGGUGGUGGUGACUACAGCAGCAGCAGCGAGAGCGAGGACAGCGACGCCGGUCCAGUCGGUGGGGUUAGUAGCGGUGCAGUUGAGCGGCGGCCGAGCCGGGCCAGCCUUGGCAUGGACCUCGCCGAGUUACAGGAGGAGCAUGCGGAGGAAGAGGAGCAGGACGUGGAGCCAGACACCAAGAUGUACCGCACCGCCAAGCAGCGGUUGGAGGAGGUGGAGGCUCGCAUUCUGGCUCUGCGCCGCCAGGGCGAUACCGCCAACACGGCAGCCGAGAUCCUGGGCCGCAAGCAGGAGCAGCUGCGCAUGGACAUGGAGGAGGCACGCGACGGCGACAGCGCGCAGCGGGCGGCGCUGCUGAGCCAUGGCGAUGCCAUGAUCCGUCUCAAAGAGUCCGAGGGGUCCCUUUGCCACAAGCAGGCUGACAUGCUGGAGGACGAGGCUGCGGCCUGCCAUGACGCGCUGCACUACGCCACCGUGGACUGGCGCCUCCGCCGUGAGCUGCACCACCGGCAAGAGCGCUGCGAGGCGCUCACCAGCAAGGCGCAAGCGCUGGCCAUGGAGGCGCAGGGCUACGAAGCAGAUGUGGCCGACACGACUGAGUGCGUGAGGCUGGCGACGUCCCAGCUCAACAGGGCGCAAGCUGACGGCGUGCGAUGCAACAAGACCAUGGAGCAGCAGCGCCUUUCGAUCUUUAUUGAGGAGCAGCAGCGCCGCCUGCAGACCGCCAAACGCCGUGCAGCGGAGAGCAGGGCAGGUGCUGCCCGGCUCGCGACCAUUGCUCGUGACGCGGGGGCCCGGCGGCAGCUGUGUGAGAAAAAGUCAAUCUGCAACAAGGCCUUGUACCAGUCUGCAGUUGAGCUGGCAGACGCGUGCGAGCAGAAGGCGAAGGUGGCGGCCCAGGCGCAGCACUACCGCCUGGUUGGGCUCAAAGCUGCGGCGGACGCCAUCGGCGCGCGUGUGCAGCAGCUAGACACCACCCGGGAGGGCGGCAGCAAUGUCAACCCGCCCUCCAGAGGGCGUGGCUCCAUGAUGGUUUCCAACCGCCCUGCGCUGCACGUGCCACCCGAGGUCAUGGACCAGAUGGCUCGAUUGGCGGACAUGGCCGCAGACAGCAUCCAGGGAUACCUGGAGGAGCUGACUUCGCUCACGCCCGAGGCCAUUAGCGUGCUGCGUAGGCGCACGGACGCCAUUGCUGGCCUCAUGCAGCUGCACCAGGACGCCUUUGAUGGCCAAGACCACCUGGCGCAGCCGGCGCCGGCUUCAGCACUCGCAGCAGCGAAUCCCGCGGCCUCAGGUGGCGGUGCAUCCAGCACCUCUGGCUUUGCGGAUGCAGCUGCGGAGGCGCUGCCUCAGGCAGCGUCGCCGCCCACAGACGCGCAGCGCCGGGCUGCGCGCAUCGCCGCUGCGGAGGCAGCUGUGCACGGCCUGGACCGCGCAUGCGUCAUGGCUGCGGACCUGCGCGCAAUGUGUGUGGAGGCUGCGGCGGCUCAAGGCGUGCUGUGCGAUGUACACUCAGAGCCGGCCGUCAUCCAAGCCCAGCUGCUUGGGCACAGGGACUCAAGCCUGGUGGUGGACAUGGAGGAGGUGGCCAGGCAGAAGCAGCGUCUAGCGGUCUUGGAGGUUCAGCAGCCGCUGGCACGCGACCAGCUGGGGGCGGCGUUGCAGGCCGUGGAGUAUGACCAGGCAGCCGCCAAGCUUAUCGAGGCGCGUCAUGACCUGAGCAGCGCGGCUGCGGAUGCACUGGAGGCGGCAACUGAGCUGAAUGCCAGUAUCGUUGUGCGGCGCGAGGCUCUGGAGAUGCUGCGUCGGCACAUGACUGCCACCAUCGAAGAGGCGCGCACGUACCGGGCGGGUGGCAACCUGUUACAAGCUACUGCCGCUGACGAGGCAGUGAGGCGGCUUGCCGCAGAUGCGCUGACAGCAGAGGGGUCUCUAGCCGCGCUGGUUCACGAGUUCCAGCUGCGGCACGAAGAGGCCGCCAUGGCCAAUACCGCCGCUGAGGAGCUGAAGCACGUGGCAGAGGGCAGCUCUGAGCUGGCGGCUCUGUUGCUGCGCGUAGUGGACGAGCAGCAGGAGGCUCGGGCCGCUUCCGGCCAGGUGGAGGAGCUCAGCGCAGCGUUCCAGAGGCUGGAGGCGGAGGCCAAGGCUCAGCAGAAAACGGCGGAAGCUUGCACAAAGCAGGCUGAGGCGCUGCAGCACCAGUCGCUGCAGCUACGCACGGACCUCAAGUUCUCAGCCGCCGACGCCCACCUGGCCGAGGCGCGCCAGUGCCGCGCGAACGCUCAGGAGCACCUCGCUGCCGCGGCGGCCGCCAGGCAGGGCGCCGCGGCGCUGUCAAUGCAGCUCCAAUCCACCGUGCAGUACCGCGACCAGCUGCUGCGGGAGGUGCGCGUGCUGCACGCAGCCGCGGGCCACCUGCAGGAGGCGUUGACCUGCAUGCGCGACAAGCACCACCUGGUGCGCAAGCUGCGGGACGUGGAGCACCAGCUGGCGCACCGCGACAAGCACAGCCAGCCGCCGGAGGUGCAGGUGGCGGCGGGGAACGGUGCGCCGGCCAAGGGCAAGGUGGCGGAGGCCGACGUGCUCAGGACGCAGCUUGCUGCGAGCAGCUCGACCAUCCAGCAUCACCUAGCCUCCAAGGCGUCAUUCCUGCAAGCGGCCAGCCACCUGCGCGUGUCCAUGACCAGCAUCCGCCGCAGCGCCGAGUGCAGCGCGCAGGCAGAUGCCGCCAUGCAGGAAGUCUUGAAAGCUCGACUUGCAGCGGCUACCACCGGCACUGACAGCUCCGACGUAGCAUCUCCCAAGGCCACAACGGCCGCACACAAGCCCGGACACACACCCGAGCUAGACUCUCCCGAGUGGCAGCUGCAGCAGGCAGAGCUGCGGUACCGCUGCCUGCAGGGCAGCAUCCAUGCGCUGGCGGUGGUGGCGGCCGCCGCUGAGCGUGCCUGCGACGCGCGCCGCCGCCAGGUGCAUUUGUCGGAUCAGGCGGCGGGCCUGGUGUCGGACCUGGCCGCCAAGAUUCUGGAGGCGGAGGCCAACGCAGACGAGGCGGCGGGCCUGGAGGCCUCGGUGCACUCAGCUGGCGGCGAUGAGGAGGACGAGGAGGUGCUGAAGACCAAGCUGAUGGUCAACGCACUGCUGCAGAAGGCGGAGACAUACCGAGGCGAGGCAGCGGCACUGCAAGGCCGCAUCGUGCAGCUGCAGCAGGAGGAACGCGCGGCGGACAAGGCAGCGGCUGAGCUGGAGUCUGUCCUCGAGGCCCUGCAGGCUGACCAUCGCCACACGCUGGAGGCUCUGGACCUCACGGCGCGCAUUGGCGUGUGCCGGGAGCAGGAGUCCGUACAGCGGGCCGCCGCCCGUGCGCAGGCACUGGAGGUGGACCAGCUGGACCGCGAAGCCACGGGCCUGGAGAGUAAGGCAGUGCAGCUGCGGCAGCAGCUGACAAACGCUAGUCACUCUGCCAGCGCAGAGGAUGUAGCAAACCUGAUGCUGGUGUCAAAGACAAUGGGUGCCAAGGCGGUCGCGCACCGCGCUCUGCAGCAGCAACGCAAGCGGGAGCUGGAGGGCCAGGAGGUGGAGUGUGGCCGCAUGGCGGGUGAUAUUGCUCUUAUGGCGCAGCGUGCGGAGCACGUGCUGCGGGCCAGCGAGACACAGGCGCAGGUGCGGGAGAUGACUAGCCGCAUCUACCAGCUGCGGACGGAUCUGGCGGCGGCGCAGUCCGAGACAGUAGACUGCAGCGCACUGCUGGAGGAGCUGCGGCAGCAGUCUGCCGCACUGCAAGCCGGUGUGGACGCGGCUGGAACUGGUUCGGUGGAGCACGGUGGCCGGGCCCUGGCGAGCAUGGCGGCCGCAACCAGGGCCUCUAGCCAGGCAGCAACCACGCAGGCUGCGGUCGUGCUGGCGGAGCAGAUGCUGCAGACGCACCAGCAGCGUGUGGACGUGCUGCAAGCCGCGCUAGCGGCAUGGGAGUCCGCCAGAAACCGGCAGGAGGCUGUGCUGCGCCAGCAGGAGCAGCUCAUCAACCAGGCCGAGUGGCGCGUGCGCGUGGAGCGACUGCAGGCAGACUUGAAGGCCGCGGCUGUCGCACACACCGAGAAGUCAAAGCAGUUGCGCGAGAACGCCGGCAAGGGGCCGCGUGCAGGCAGUGCCAGCGGCGAGGAUUUCGCUGGCUCGUCAGACGCGGCGUCUACCGCAGAGGCCGGGCAGACCGCCACAGCGGAUCCGCUCAAGCAGCUGCGUGCGCAGGCUGCUGCCAUGCGAACUGCUGCGGAUGCUGCGCAUCAGCAUGUCCUGGCUGAGGCGGAAGAGGGGCUAGCUACAAGGGCCUCGGUGCUAGCGGAAGAGGUUUCGCUGGAGGCUGACCGCAUCGAUGCAGUUAUGGCGCUAGCCGCGCCCAUGGCUGAGCGCCUGGUGGUGGCCGCAAAUACCGCCAUCUCCGCCGCACGACUGCAGAUGGCCUGUGUGGGCAUCUGUGUCGACCAAGGAACUGAGCUUAGCACCAUGCAUGCAGCCAUGGGUGCGGUUCGGGGUAUCGCGGGCCGGAUUCAGGAGCGCAUGGAGGCAGCAGAGCGACAGGCGCGCUCUGGGCAGGCCCUGGAGGCGGCGGAAGUGCGGGGGCAGGCGGCGGCGCUGCAGGCCGCCCUGCAGUCUGAGCUGCAGACGGUGCAGGCAUCGCGCAAGAAGCUGGUGGAGCUGGAGACAAGGAUGCGGGCUUCACAGCAGGAGCUGCAGCUGGCGGAGGACCAACUAUCUCAGGUGCAGCGUUCGGCCGGCGUGGCGCAGACUGUGGCGGAGUAUGUGCAUCAGGCGUGCGAUCUUCUCUUCAAGUGCGCUGAGCGGCAGCCCGAGGUCUUGCGCCUGGUGCGGAUGGCCGUUGAGGCCCAGGAGCGGGCGGAGGUCGCCCGGCAUGAGGCUCGUGCAUCGAAAGAAGCCGUCCAGCAGCUCAUUCAGGCCGGCAAGGGCGAGGCCGCCCACGCCGUGGAGCGUGCCGCCAUGGCUCUGGAGCAGUCCCUGGAGGAGGCACGAUCCGAGAGCCGCCGCCUGAGGGCGCAGGCAAACCAGGAGUCGGACGCCUGCGCCGCCGACAUCGCAGCUGCUGCGCUGUACGGCGACGUGGCGCUGCUGUCCGUGCGGCUGCUGCAGACGCUGGACCUGCAGGCGGAGCGGCAGGCGGAGCAUGGCCAGCUUGCGGGCGGGGUGGAGGCACUGCAGCGCACGCUGCACUCCAGCCAGGCGGCUCUCGUGCAGCGGCGUGCGGAGAUGCAGACGCUGGGCACACAGAUUGAGGCGCACCGCGUGGAGGCGCUAAUGCAGCGCAAGAGGGGCAACGAUGCCCAGGCGUGCGUUCGCAUCGACGCCGCGGAAGAGCUGACGUCGCAGCUGGCUGAUGUGGCGGAUGAAGCUAUGCGCCUAGAGCGCCGCUGUGAGGCACUCAGCCAGAAGCAGGUCGUGAUGGCCAGCCUCUGCGCCAAGGGAGAGGCGCUGGUGGAAAUGCUUGCCCAGCUCGCGCGGCUGUGCAAUGCGGGCGUGGGGCACCUGCUGGACGCUCGGGAUGCUCACGACAGCCAUGCGGCCUGCCUCAAGGACGCCGCCCGGGUUGGCGUGUCCCUAAGCCGGCAGGAGGAGGUGCUGGCAAAUGCGGAGGCCAGGCUCCAAGAGCUGCAUGACUCGGCGGCGGGCCUGCAGCGGCAGUACCAGGAAGCCCUGGCAGCGGCUGUGCGUGCAGGCCAUGAGGAGGCCGAUGAGGAGGACCGCCAAGACCCCGAGCAGCUGCUGCACGCCGCCCGCACGGCCCGCGCAGAGCUGCUCAUUGCACGGCGGCAGCGGACAGCUCUGCAGAAAGAAGUGCUGGCCACACGCAGCCGUCUGGUUGCGGCUGAGACGGCCGUGGAGAUCAGCCAGCUCAGGAUCAACAAGGCUCGUCAGCGUGGCGACGACGCUCAGAGGCUUGUAGGCACGGUGCUGACGCUGCUGGAUGGAUCCGGUGCUUUCAGCGUGGACGCGGCGGAGCUUAUCGCCACGACGACCAAGGGCAGUCGCACCGACAACGCGGCUGGCAGCGGCAGUCACGGCCCUAACGGCGACACUGGUACGACACCCAGCCCACGCGGCGACACCGAGGCAGAAUCGGACCAGAACGCCAAGCACCGCCACGGUGUGCUGGCGGCGGCGCAGCUGCACUCCGUGACCCUGCAGGCUGUGGCCGAGGCAAUAUCCCGGCAUAUCGAGGCUCUGGACGCGGCAGCUGCCGCCGAACAGGCUCGCGGAAACGCCCUGGCGGCCACGCAGGCCGCCGGCGCCGCACGGCAAGCCAGCGACCGGCAGGGCGCGCUUAUCGCAGAGCUGAAGCAUGCAGCUGCCGGUGCCAGCCUUGUCCACGACCUGCAGCGCCUACGGCUUGACGGGCAUACCCAAAGAACGCUGGCCUUGGCACCUUCUGCGGCCAAUGCUGGUGCCGCGCCGUUAGAGGCGCUGCCGGAUGCCUGUGAGGACACCUCGCACCUUGCGGUUGCCGCUGCCGAGAUUGAGCUGGAGCGGCUGCAGCACGAGACCGCAUACCUGGAGGCCACUGCUGCCCAAGAACAGAAGGUGGUAUCAUGCCUGGAACAGCAGCACGUGCUGCUCCGGCGCGCCAGUGACACCCUUCUGGACAUGGCCCGCUUCGGCAUCGCCGCCGAGCUGAGCGCCUCGCCUCACAUGACCGCCUAUGAGGCGGCGUCCCUGCUGGCGGCCUGCAAGCAGCUGUCGCAGCAGCACGCGGUUGCGCUAACGCUGACACCACCGCUGGAGGACUGCAAGCACGCGGAGGCAUGUCUACGGGGCGCGCUGGAGUGCAUCCAGGACGCGCGGCAGGCACGUGAAAGCGCGCUGGGUCGCCGUGCUGCGGCGCUUGAGGCAUCGGCUCCAGCCCUAGAGCUAGCAGAGCCCAGCACCCUGUCUCAUGCUGGCGAUGCUGCCGGGGUUGAUGCCAGCAACUUCAUGGAGCCACAAGGUGUGCCUGUGAGCCCGCGCCGCUUUGGAGAAACGUUGGUGUAUGGCACGGCGCCGGCCUCGCUGUCGGCGCGGCGCCAGGACGCAGCGGCGGUGCAGCGCUACCCCACCUCCGGUGAGCGGGCGGCCGCGCAGACCGCGACGCUGCUGGCCGAGCAUGACGAGCUGCUAGCGGAGGAGGAGCAGCUGCUGCAGCGCGUGCAGCAGCUUGAUGAUGAGGCUGCAAGGCUCGAGCGCCAGAGUGCGGAGCAGAUGCAUGCUUUCAGAGACAGAUGGGCGGAGGUGGCUGCGUCGCCACUGUUGAGUGAAGAGGCGUCUCGAUGGCUCAUCGUAGCCUCCGAAGGCGACGGCACGUACACAACCGCCUCGCCCAGGCCGCAACAACGCACCAGCCGCAGAAGGCUGCACGCGGUAGAGGAGAAUGCACGCUCUCCCGGAGCUGCAAGCCCUGGCGCUGGCCCCGCAUACCUUGCAAGGCCUACGGCGCCUUCAGGGCGUGAAGCCGCCACUUUCCCCCUAUCCCUGAGUAGCCCUGCGGCACACCACCUCCGUCAUGACCCCGGCACGCCGGCCAGCAGCGGCGUAGAGCGGGCGCAGCUUGAUGCGGAGACAGAGCGCCUGCAGCAGCUGACUCACAACAUGCUGCUGCGCCAGCAGGACCUGCUGAGGGAACAGUACCAGGAGCGGGAGCAGCUCCGUGCGCGUGAUGGUGCUGGCUACAGCGGCGCACUGGCCAGCAGCAGGGUCAAGGACUCGUCAGGGGAUAUUGAUGCGGACUUGCUGGCGAUGGCAGCUGCAGCCGUGGCACGCGCCAAGGCGGCCGCGGCUGAGCUGGCGGCCCGUGACCGGCCCAGCGCGAGGCAUAUGGACUUCGCUGCACUGGCGCCGCCGCCAACGUCUAGAAGCCCGCAGCGGGUUCCGGCGGCAGGCACUGCGGCGCCUGCAUCGCAACCCGACAACGCCCGGCAGCAGCGCCACAAGGCUGAGGCCACGACCAGGGCGGCCGUGGCUCCGCAGCCACAGCACGCGCCACCAGCGCCAGCUGCUGUGCCGCCGCCGGGUUACAUCACCGACAUGGCCAGCCUGCGCUCCAGUGACGGCAAUGCGACCACGUACCCUGCCCCAUCAGUAACCCCGCAAAUCGCCACAACGGUGCCGCCAGCUGCCACGGAGGCAGAUGUCCCCAAAGAAGUCCCGCUGACAGCACGCGCCACUUACCCCGCAGCAGCGCACGAAGAGGUCAACGCCCACGAGUUGGCAUUAGCGGUGGGAUCAGCUCCCCUGGAGCUUACAGGGCCCCCAUCGCCGCCCAUUAGCGCCGCCGGCAGCCUGCUAGCACCGCCCAGCAGCAGCCAGGGCACAUCCUCUUCGUCCCGCAGCCAGCGCGGCGAGCGGCCGUGGGGUGCAGCCAUUCCAGCCUCGACGCCAGGCCCUGCACCCUACCUCGGCGCCUACCAUGUCGAGCCUGCUCCCUCAACCGCCGGCACCAGUGAGGCUGGCUAUGGGGCAGCUGGCCAGGCACAUGCAGCUGGACAAUUUUCUGCGGCGCACGCGCUCGAGGGCGUGCGGCCAGAGACGCCGCUGCUAGUCCGGCUGCCCCUGCCAGACGACCUCAACAACAUUGCGGCGGAGGGACUGCGGCAACUUUGGUCCGGCGCGGCACUGCACUACGCGCGGGCGCAGCACAUGCACGAGGGCGCCAUCGCGCAGUUGGAGCAGCAGUGGGAGCGCUGCCAGGCGCAGCUGCAGGUGUUGCAGGCUGAGGAGAUGCAGGUGCGGGCGGCGGGGCGGAUUGCGGAAGCGGAGGCGGUGGCCUCCGCCGCCGCCAGGUGGCGCCAGCGCGCGGCCCACCUGCAUACCGCAAUGAAGCGCCACGGCGUGGAGGCAGCCCGCCACAAGUCCCUCGCGCGCCGCGCCACGUCCAUGAGCGAGCGGCUGCACGUGCUGUCUGCGGCGGCCAGCAGCACCGCUGCAUCCACCGCGGCGGGCCUCGAGGCGGCAGCUGCGUUGACGGAGCUGCGCCGGGCGGGGCUUGUGCCGCAGCUGCCCACGUCCGUGCUGGCGGCGUCGCCCAUGGUGCAGGGGCUGGAGCGGCUGCAGGCCACGCUGACGGAGCAGAUCGCUUCGCUCCACGCAGCAGCAGCGGGGCUGCAGCUGCAAAGCCAGAGGACGUUCGCCAAGGCGACUAGUCGUAGCAGGAAGCUCCAGGUUCGCCUGGGCUCUCAGCCAAGCUCAGCUGCACAUGCGGCUGCUCUGCACAAGAGCCAUGCGUACGCGGAGCAGGCGGCGGCGCUGGGCGAGCGUGCUGUGGAGCAGGCCACGCAGUCCCGGGAGCUGGCAACGCUGGCGGACCGGCUGUCGGGCGAGAGUUCCGACCUGAGCCAGGUGGCUGAGCGGCUGCAGCGGGCCAUGGAUCAGGAGCUGAGGGCUCAGCAGGCGCUGGUGCAGGCGGCGGACCUGGCCCUGUGUGAGGCCAUGCAGGCGGCGCUGUUUGGCGUAGGGCUGACGGGCGCCCUGGCGGCGGACGGCUCCGCGGCGGCAGCGCCUCAUGGCGACCUGGACAGCCUUCUCACGGCGAGUUAUGCGGUGGGGGUGUGCGCAGCGGCCGCGGAGGCAGAGGCGCGGCGCGGUGAGGACCUGGCGCAGGAGGCGCUUCGCUCGGUGCAGGGCACCAAGGAGGCGCUGGAGGCCCGGCUGGCCACAUUCACGCGUGUGGUGGAGGACGUGGCCAACGGGCUGUCCGCUCUGGCUGCGCGGCGCAGUGCCCACCGCGAGUCGCUCCUAGCACAGGUCGAGGCAGCAACAACGUGUGUUGCCCGCGCCAAAGCCAAAGCAGCCAGCCGCCGCAACGUUGGAGACGCGGCCGCGGCGGAGAAGUAUGCCCACGCGGCCGAGGGCUGGGCCAGGCAGGCGGAGAAACUGACUGGCGAGGCUCGGGCGUCGGCUGCGGCGGCAGAGGAUUUGGUCGAGCGAGCCCAGGCGCUGUCGGGCCUGAGCGGUCGUGUGAGACCACUUCAGGCGGCACUGGACAAGUACCUGGAUGAGCAGCUGGAUGCGUGGGCUGCGGCCGCGCUUGAGAGGGUGCACCUGCGUGCGGGAUUGUAAAUUGAGUGGGUGGUCCCGUUACAUGUUGUGGUGUUCAUGGCCGCCUUAUGACGGCUGGGCGCUCCAUCAAGCCGGGUGGCACGAUCAGGAGACAAGAAAGGUGGCUCUCCCUCUCAAUGGGAAAAGUGGGCUGCGCCCACGCUGCGUUUGGUGUAAUGUCUGGGGCUGAAGAUGUUCCAAAACUACCUCACCGGGGUCGGUUCGCACCUUGCGACAGUCAAUUGUGCGUGCAUGCGGAGGGUGCGCGCAGCUGGGCCGCCUGGGCGCGCAGCUAGGAUCAAACGGCAGUAGCAAGCAGAGCAGGGGUACACUCCCGGCAGGCCCGUUCGAAGAAAAGCUGAGACAGCCAGGGGUAAAAACGGGAGGAGUGCGAGCGGAGGGCCGGAGGCCGUUCAAGAACGCCGUUCACGAAAAGCGAAGAAGACCAGAACCUGGGACUCAGUGUAAACCUGGGACCGCCAAUUUAUUUCUACCCGAAUACAGGCUUGGGGUGUCUGCUGCGUGCUGUGGACCCGUGGCGUCAAGAGCUUCGGGAGCGUGGUUUCAGAAACAGCCGC